AUGCAGUCCCCUUCCCCCCAUCCCUCCUCUCUCCCUCUACACCCGGGUGCCAUGGCCGAUAGCUCGAGCACCGAGAAGCCUCAGGUCUACACCAAUGAGAAGGGCAAGAAUGGCUCUGAUUAUGAGGUCAACCAUGCAGUCGACCCAGUCGGCGAGGACUAUGUUGUAGAACGCAAGCUACAACGGCAGUUGAAGAACAGGCACAUCGCUAUGAUCAGUAUCGGCGGUGUUAUCGGUACUGGUCUGUUCCUUGGUACCGCGGGCUCUUUGAGUAGCGGAGGUCCAAUCGGUCUGUUGCUCGGUUACAUGGUCGUCGGCAGCAUUUGUUAUUCAGUCAUGAUUUCGCUUGGUGAAAUGAUCGCGUACCUACCAAUUCCUGGUGGCCAUAUCAAAUUGGCAGAGCGGUUCGUAGACCCUGCGUUUUCAUUUACGAUGGGCUGGAAUUACUGGUACAACUGGACGAUUAUCUUGCCGGCCGAGUUGGCGGCUGCUGCGGUAUUGAUCAACUACUGGAUGAAGGAACGCAUCAAUGACGCAUUGUGGAUAUCGAUUUGUCUGAUCGUGGUUGUCGUUAUCAACAUGCUUGGCGCCGGCGUUUACGGCGAGUGUGAAUUCAUAUUUGCCAGCAUCAAAGUCAUCACCAUUACGGGUUUGAUCAUCUUGGGUAUUGUCCUCGACUUGGGUGGAGGCCCCAACCAUGACCGCAUUGGUUUCCGGUACUGGAAGAAUCCGGGUCCGUUUGUGCAGUUUGCCGGCAUCGCUGGAUCCAAAGGUCAAUUCCUCGGAUGGUGGUCGGUUAUGACCCAAGCCGCUUUCUCCUUCAUUGGAACCGAAAUCGUGGCCAUCGCUGCCGGCGAAGCCAAGAACCCACGUCGCAACCUGCCCAAGGCCAUUCGUCGGGUCUACAUCCGUAUUCUCUUGUUCUAUAUUGGAGGCACCUUGAUCAUUGGUUUGCUCGUCCCAUCUAACCACCCUAACCUCAAUUUGAACACCGGUGAUGCCGCCGCGUCACCGUUCGUUAUUGCUAUCCAAACUGCCGGUAUCAAGGGAUUGCCGUCCGUGAUCAAUGCUGCUCUCCUCACUUCCGCAUGGUCCGCUGCAAGCUCUGACUUGUACACUUCUUCUCGAGCGCUUUACGGCCUUUCUCUCGCUGGAAAUGCGCCCAAGGUCUUUUCCAAGGUUUCGAAGUCUGGCUUACCAUACGUUUCCGUCAUCUUCUGUGCCUUGUUCUCUUCCCUGGCAUACAUGAGCGUGAGCAGUGGUGCGGGCAAAGUGUUCAACUGGUUCGCGAACAUGACUGCUGUCGCUGGACUGAUGACUUGGUUCGGUAUUACCGUCACCUAUAUCCGUUUCUACGCCGGGAUGAAGGCACAGGGAAUUGACCGCUCCACACUUCCUUUCUCGUCUAACCUUCAACCCUUUGCUGCAUGGUAUGCUAUGAUUUUCUGUCUCUUGAUCUGCUUCUUCUCCGGCUGGAAGGUGUUCCUCAAGGGCAACUGGGCUGUCGAUACUUUCGUGACUAACUACAUCCCCUUGGUUUUGUUCCCGAUCCUAUACAUUGGUGCCAAGUUUGUUCGCCGCCAACCCAUGCCCAAACCCCACGAGAUGGACUUCUACAGCGGAAUUGCGGAAAUUGAGGCCGACACUUACGAUGAACCACCACCAAAGAACGUUUGGGAGAAGUUCUGGGCUUGGUUAAUGUAA